AUGUCCCGUCCAGAAGACCUCCUCCCCCCAGACCUAUACUACAAUGACACCGAGUCCGCGAAAUACACCACAUCCUCACGAAUUCAAGCAAUCCAAGCAUCCAUGACAAACCGGGCGUUAGAACUCCUCGACCUCCAAGAACCAUCAUUCAUUCUCGACAUCGGCUGCGGAUCAGGUUUAUCCGGCGAAAUACUUUCAGAAGACGGCCACAUAUGGGUAGGGAUGGACAUAUCGCCCAGCAUGUUAGAUAUUGCACUACAGCGGGAAUCCGUCGAGGGCGAUCUAUUCCUGGCAGACAUGGGCCAAGGAAUCCCCUUUAGGGCCGGUACCUUCGACGCCGCGAUCAGCAUCAGUGCGAUCCAGUGGUUGUGCAACGCCGAGACGAGCGGUGUCAGCCCCGAGGGACGGCUGCGUCGGUUUUUUGACGGGUUAUAUGCCUCACUGCGCAGAGGCGCAAGAGCCGUCUGUCAGUUCUAUCCGAAAAACGAACAGCAGCGCACCAUGAUCAGUCAGGCUGCUGUGAGAGCCGGGUUCGGCGCAGGUAUCCUCGAGGACGAUGGCGGGACUAAAAACCAAAAGACGUAUUUGGUCUUGAGCGUCGGCGGCGGCGAUAUCACUGGCACAGUGUCAAAGAUGGAGGGCGUUGAUAUUGAGGAUGGGCGGAAACUGAGAGAAGCAAUGCAAAAAGGCAGGAGAAAGGGUGACGAUGUCAAGGGUAGCAAGCAGUGGAUAAUGAAGAAGAAGGAGAAAAUGAGGAAUAAGGGCAAGGUUGUGAAAUCGGAUUCGAAAUACACUGGGCGGAGGAGAGGUCCCAAGUUCUGA